AUUAAAAAAAGUCGAUAUCCAAUGAUUCUAUCAACAUUUAUUCAAAGCAUUUCGAACUAAAUCUGGGUUUUGCCAAUUGGGGUUUUCAAGAUUUUCUCAAAAUCUAACUGAACUCCACGAUGAACAGUGUGGGUGUAAAAUAUGGGGGAUUUUGCAGGGUGUUGUAUGUUGUGUGUCUGGGUCAAUUGACCUCUUUUUCAAUGGCCCUUAUGAGCUUCAAUUCAUCUUUAUCUGCUAAUCUAGGUGUUAAUGCUCCGUUUACUCUGUCAUUCUUCUCUUAUUUGGCUUUGACUUUGGUCUUUGGAAGCAUCUUGUUGUACCGUCGUCAAAAGCUGCAAAUAUCUUGGUAUUGGUAUGUACUGAUAGCAUUUGUAGAUGUCCAAGGGAAUUAUCUUGUUAACAAAGCAUACCAGUUUUCUUCGAUCACCAGUGUGACGCUUCUCGAUUGCUGGACAGUCGUUUGGGUCAUAAUUCUCACUUGGCUUUUUCUCGGCACAAAGUAUUCCCUAUGGCAGUUUUUUGGGGCAGCUCUAUGUGUUACAGGACUAUGUUUGGUGUUGCUUUCUGAUUCCGGGGUGGGAGGUGGAGGUGGCUCGAAUCCUAUUCUGGGUGAUAUACUUGUGAUUGCUGGAACAUGUUUUUUUGCAGCAAGCAAUGUUGGUGAGGAAUUUUGUGUAAAGAAGGUUGGUCGGAUUGAAGUAAUAACAAUGUUUGGUUUAUUUGGAAUGCUUGUGAGCGUAGUUGAGAUGGCUCUAUUUGAGAGGAAGAAUCUUGAAUCUGUAUCCUGGUCUCCAGAAGUUAUUUUAACCUUUGUUGGUUACGGUAUAGCGGGCUCUAUGUUCUAUUCUUUGACGCCUCUUGUUCUACAGGCGAGUGGAGCCACAUUGUUCAAUCUGUCAUUACUCACAGCCGAUAUGUGGACAGUCGUCAUUCGUGUGUUUUUAUAUCACCAGAAGGUGGACUGGUUAUACUACGUGUCCUUUUUACUCGUUGGUAUCGGUCUUGUCGUAUACUCAAAAACGGAUAAGUAUUCCAAUGAGUUACCCAAGCUCGAGGAUGGUGACACCGACCAACUGAGCCGGCUGCUACCCGAGGAAGCUGUUCGAGUCUAGAGUUGAGGCCACGAUUGCAUCAAAUCCGUAACAAUGUGUUAAUUUCAGCAUCUCAAUACGCAAUAUGUCCGAUGUAGAAUGAAUGGCUACACAGAUAGAAGAGCAGAUUCAUCGUUGUCGCGCCAAACCCUGUUUUUAUUUCAGAUUUGGCGUUCGGUGUCCAAUCAACCGUUAGAACUGCUUUUUAUUAUUUUCUAGAUUUUUUUGUUAUGUAUUCUUUUUGUGUUUUGGACAUUAUUUAGUUUCCUUAGGAGCUCAGUAUAUAUAUCGAACAUA